AUGCAAACUUCCACCAUUUGGAUGCAGAUUAGCAUCUGUUUGAUGGCUAAUGAGCCGCUAGCGUACGGAGCGAUAGCACCCAUGUUCCAUGAAGCGCCUAAGGAGAUAGUGUAUAAAAUCGAGAGCUCUAAGUUUGAUGAUCUCCGCGGCAAAGGUUGGAUGUGUUUCCUUGACGCCGGGCCUCGCAGCCUUAUGAUCAAUGGUCUCAUCACGACGGUUUUUGAUAAGAAUAUUUAUGCUGGUUUUCACUACAUUAAAGUCGAAGAUCCGUUGAAGGAAUUCAAUAGUAGAGCCUUCCAACCCUCUCGUGUGACAUCAUCGGGAAUUCUGAGGUGUCCAGAGAUCGCCACCGACCUACAGGAGGUGUUCGCUGGAAUCACUAAUCCCCCGGACGUCGUAGCUCAGAAAGUUGGUGAUGAGAUCAUGUCUAACAUCUGUGAUGAAUAUCGGAAGGCCACUCAGUCUUUGUUACGAAAGCCCAGAUCCAUCCGACCAACGGAGGCUUCGGAUUGA